UAUCUAUACAAUACAGCAGGCCUCAAAAUCAUUACAUUCAUCCAUUUCCGCUCGAUAACGUUUGUUCUUUCUGGUACACGGGUGGUUUUGUUUGGCAGACAGCCACAAUGUACCUUUCCGCGUUUCCCCAUCUGUUAAGGGCCCCUGGCGAGGACUCGGGCCCAUGUUCCUCCCUCAUUAUCCAGCCCUCAUAUCGUACUCGUCAUAUUGCCAACAGCUUCAAGAUACCUGGAUCCAGGUCGCUAACGCCGUCUACCUGCAACGCCAAUAGUGGAGGUCAGGAUACGGGACAGUGCCUCGUCCUUUAUCCUGACCCGUUCUUCACUGCCCAGUGCCAGUUUACUGUAGACGGUCAUGUUGUUGACUUGGACUUGGACCAAACCUUGGCCAAUCUCUCGUCUUUCUUGGAGCCAGUCUUAGUCAACGAGAUCAAGCUGUUAAGCAGUUCAAACACCCUCCCUCCAUGUGCGUCGCAGAAAGGGUACCCGCCAUUCCCGCCUUGGUUGUUGGCCUUUUUUCUGCUCAAGUUACUUCUUAUCCAAUACCUUGGAAAUGAAUCAUACCCAUCAUCAUCAACCCCCUUUAAUACGAAACAUACACUCUCUUUCGGCAACAACCAAGGUAGCAACAAGAAACCUCGUCAGGAUGAUAACGACGACGAUGAUGAUAUCUAUGAUCCAGACGAUUACGGCGACAACGGACGCGACCACGAUAACAAUGACGGCGAGACACCUGGAGGCAUAGGUGUCGCCAAAGGCAAAGACAAGGAGAAAGCCUUAUUUUGCUGCAUCUUUCAUAAGCUGGAUCCUGUCCGAUGGCCGAUAUGCGGACAACGCCGACUCACAUCGUUCGCCUACCUGUUACAGCACCUCAGACGUCAACACCUAAUCGAGGGACACUUUUACUGCGCGAGGUGUCGCACCGUCUGGUCCCCGAAACGGAAGGACUCUGAAGCCCUGUGGGCUGCGCACAAGAGGGAUGAUGACUGCGAAGAAGCCACCGCGGCGGACACGGGCAGGCUACUACCCGAUGAGUACGAACUCAUCAAGGGCUCUAAAUCAGCCGGGUCCGACUGGCAACGGUGGUAUGAAACAUGGAAGAUGCUCUUCGAAGAUUACGACGCUCCAGAUACGCCCUAUAGUGAGGAUGUUGCCCAAGGGACAGAGGCGAGCAUCCUCUGCAAGUUGAAGCGAGCUCUGAAGAAGCGAAUGUCCCCAUUACCGCCAGGUGCGCUGCGGGAUCAAAUGAAAGCGCUUACCGACAGUGUGUUGGAGGAUGUGUUUCCGACAUACGCCAUGAGGGGUUCCGCGAAUGCCGGACCCUCUACGGCUCACAUCCAGCAUACCCCACAGACCAUAGCCCGACACAGGGCCCCGGCCACGACCCCGGCAUCCACACCCGCACUCACACCCGCGCCCCGUCCUCCGGGCCCAGUUAUUUAUAACCGGAUGCCGGCCGGUCACCAGGCCCCACCUCCCCGGCCAGCACCAAACACCUCUCAUCAGCACCUCCCGCCAACCGGAUUCCCUGCAAACCCUGGGCUCAUGAUGCCCCAGGGAGGCAUUGGCACCAGACUCCCAAAUCAUAGGACGAUGAACCCUGCGCCAUGGGGAAACCCUGCCUUCACGAUGCCCCCCGGACAAAACCCCAGGCUUCCGGUAGAUCCCACAUCGAUUCCCGGAAACCCCGCACUCAGGCCGAACCCUUCAAUGAUGAACACAGCAGACCCUAGAUACCGGAUGAUUGCUAGACAGGCCAACUUUGGACUAAUGGACUAUGGACCCCCGACUAACCUUGGAAACUCGAUGGACACGAUAGACCCCAGCCUUUUAACGAACUCUGGACUGCCUAACACAAGAUCCCCGGCCAACCCUGGACCCUCGACCAUCCCUGGACCCUCUACUCCUACCCCCUCGAAUCCCAUCAACAUCCAAAAUCACAACAGAAACGCCUUUCGAAGAAAUAACAACCCAAACCAAUUCGACCACGCAGCCUUUGAAACGACUACCCUGAGACGGUUCAAAACCGGUGGCGACGGAUACCAUAAUGGCAGUGCCAUCUUCAACAGAGCACGAAUGAAACGCAGCGAUGCACUUCUUCUCUUCUACCACUUGACUAGGGAAGGAAGGGAUAGACAAAAAAGUGGGAGGACAGAAGCAUCGCUUGUACAUACGCGGAACCUCUAGUGUUCAUUGUCUUGUUUGAAGCGAGAGUCAACAACCCGAGUGUAAAAAUAAAUAAACAAAACUGUACAUAAGCU